CCUUAGACAGUACAGUGGUGUACAUGCUGCCCAGCAAUUCAGGGGCAGGCGGCAGUAGGCUAUAGCUAAGACCCAUCUCCAUUCUUUCCAGUGCAACUUUUUUUUUUCAGAUUCGCGUGACAGUAGAAGCCACCCGAGCCGGCUGACUGUGAGUGUACAGGUACGCUUUUGUAUUCGUUUCUAAAACAAGUGAUACAUCCAUACAGUUCGCGAACAUUAGCACGCUAUGCUAGCAGUUUCGCGUAGCCUAUCCAACCGUAGUGGUCCAGUGGACACUUGAAGUGCUAAUGUGUGCAAUCCACAAUGACAAACUGGGAAUCGGCUGAGAGCUGGCAGAUGUGUUGAGCUCUCGGACUUGAAGAGGGUGACUAGACCGUGGUUGUGGCUCAGCUAAAUGGGAAGCUAGCUGAACUAUAAUCAUCUCAACCAGUGGACCCUUGUCUUUCUCCUAUUCGAAUUGGCACUGUUUUAUAAAGGUGGCAGGAGGAGGGUGGGCCAAUGGAGGGCUGAUGGACUGCAGAAAGGGCCAAUCAGAGGACCAUGCUGGCCAGGAACCGCUUCAUCCUGCUGUUGGUGGUCGGGGUGGUGCUGGCUGCUCUCAGCUACAGCCUGCAGUACUUGCAGCUGAUGCCAGUAGCCCCAGUGGAGGCGGUGCGCUCUGGAGGAGGGAAGAACAGGAAGAGAGUGAACCCCGUCCUGCUGACGCCCCCGGCCACCCCCGACCCCCUGGCAGGGGCCUACCUGUACUGCAACACCCCCAACCGCACGCAGCAGACAUGGGAGGGACACAGCCCUGCAGACUAUCAGCUGCUCUCCGUGCAGGUCAUGAUUCGCCACGGCGACCGCUACCCUCUCUACUCCAUCCCCAGGACCAAGAAACCGCCCAUUGACUGCAUUCUGUCCCCCAACAAAAAGCCCUCUCACCCGCUCCUGUCCUCCUUCAUCGCUCACAUGGGUAAAGACGGACAGGAGAACUGGGACGCCUCCCUCACCUCGCUGCCCCGCCUGCCCAAUCACAGCGCCUGUGAGAUGGGCGAGCUCACACAGACAGGUGUUGUGCAGCACCUGCGUAACGGCCAGUUGUUGCGGGGCGCGUACCUGCGCGGGCCCCCCCUGCUGCCGGCGUCUCUGGGCUCGUCCCAGGUGCUCCUGGAGACCACGGGCAAGAGCCGCACGCUGCAGAGCGGCCUGGCGCUGCUGUACGGCCUGCUGCCCGGCGGGCACCAGCGCUCCGCCCUGCGGGUGCGCCAGCACUGGAACGCGCUGUUCUGCGGGCGCUCCUGCGACUGCCCCGCGCGCCAGCGCCACCUGGAGGCCGAGCAGCGCCGGCAGUACCGCCUGCGCGUGGCCGACACCCGCCUCGACCGCGCCUACGUCGCCAUGGCCGCCGCGCUGGGCGUGUCGCCGCGGGCCAUCCGGGCGGCCAAUCCCGUGGACGCGCUGCUGUGCCACCUGUGCCACGGGCUGCCCUUCCCCUGCCGCGUCGCCGACGGCAACGGCGACAACGACAGCAACGCUUUUUCGGUCUCCGCGGCGACCACCUGCCUGACUCCGGCGCACCUGGCCGAGAUCCGGCGGCAGCAGGAGGAGGACGAGAGGGAGCGGCGGGGGGCGGGGCUUUACCAUCGCUACGCCGUGCUCGCCGCACAGCCCUACCUGGAGCGCUGCGCCGCCCGCAUGGAGCGCGUCGCCCGCGGCAACCUGUCGCCCACGGAGCCCCUGGUCACCCUGGCCUCCGCGCACGACAUCACCCUCACGCCGGUGCUCAGCGCCCUGGGCCUGGAGGGCGUGGCCGCGUUCCCGGGCUUCGCGGCGCGGCUGGUGAUGGAGCUGUGGCGCCGGCCCCCCCCCGCGGGCGGCGGAGCGAGGGAUAGAGAGACGGAGAGAGGGAGGGAUAGAGAGACGGAGAGAGGGAGGGAGCUGAAGGGCAGGCGAUCGGACGACCUGUUUGUGCGCGUGCUCUACAACGGCGAGGACCUGACGUUCCACACCGCCUUCUGCCGCACGCACCCGCGACACACACACACACACACACACACCCCCCUCUGCCCGCUCGGCAGGUUCCUGCGCUUCGUCCGAGGAGAGAUCUUCAGCCCCCUCAACGCCACCAGCUACCAGGAGGCAUGCCACGCCAGUGUACCUUAGAGACCUUACACACACACACACACACACACACACACACACACACACACACACACACACACACACACACACACA